UGCCACCGGAAGGAAGAGCGGCAGCAGCAGCAUCAGAGUCCCGGGUCCUUCCUCCACUUCUUUGCAGCCAAAAAAAGAAAGUGUUGAAAAAGUGCUGAUAGAAGCAACCAGCCUCUGAGUCUCAGUUCAGGCAUUUCACUCAGAAUCCAUCCAUUUCUGCAUGUGGAGAUAGACAAACUUCCCUCAGGAAGAUUCAAUGUCUCAGGUCUUGGAACCAUGGUAUUCACAAAAGGUGUAUGCAAGAUAUUGGAAGCAUUACAACCAAGCCAUGGAAUGGAUGCACAGGCACAAACAUGCUUACAAGAAAGCCAUAGAGUCCUUGUACAAUCCAUCAUUUUGUCCUCCUGCAAAUUAUCCCUCUAGACGUUACUCAGACUGGGAUGAAGGUAACCACUUGCAUGAUGAAGCCUUCACCCCACAUAGCAAAUCCAGGUACUAUCCGAGGUCUCUGCAAGCCCUUUGUAACACCAAGAGAAGAGAAGUAGUGGAUGACUCGGAAACUGACACAGAAUCUGAAGAUGAAGAGGACAUAGAGUAUGACCUGAGUAACAUGGAAAUCACAGAAGAGCUCCGCCAGUAUUUUGAACAGACUGAGAAGCACAGGGAAGAACUGCGAAAACAGCAGAAGCUGGAGGCAGAACACCAGGACAUGUAUGUUGAAGCUGACCACGAUCUUCACCUGUCAACAGGUCGAUCUGCCCAGCCCCCUGCGGAGAAGCCUGGAGAGAGAAGAAUAGCUGAAAUGAGAAAACUCUAUGGUGUGGGAGCCAGUAAAAUCCAGGCUAUGGAGACGACCAUGCAACUCAGUUUUGAUAGGAAGUGUGAUAAAAAGCAGCCCAAGUACUGGCCCAUUAUUCCUCUGAAACUCUGAACUAUGUCUUUCUCUGUCCCUGUUAGGAGACUCAGAGCUGCAUAUCUUAAUGCUCCACCAAGCAGAAGGAUUUAGGUGAAUGAAUCAAGAGUCAGCAAAAAGGCCUUUCAUUUAUUUUCCUUUCCCCUUUCCAACUCUCCUCUGAAUGGCUUUGCUAGUUUCCAGAAUCCAUUCCAGCUCAACAGGAAGAGCAGAGUUGAUCAUUUGUACUGCAAGGGAUGAGGAAAAUUCUCUUUUAAAAGUAUAUUUCAGCUAAUUUAAUUUUGGCCUGUCUUGGCUUUGCAGGAAGUGAGGCAGCAUUUGUUUUCACUUUGUUAUGUGAAAAAGGUUAAAGACUAUCCAAACCUUGUCCAGGUCAAAAAUUAAAUUUUAGUUUUUAUGCAUUAUGCUAGCUUUGUCAUAGGUUUUAAAUGUGUGUACGUUUUUUGCCACAUUUCAGUGAUAUUCUUGAGGCAGCUGAAGUAGUUGGCCAAAGUACUAUGUAUUCAGUUACUGUCAUAUAGGCCUGGUACAUAUAGACAAUAGUAGGGCUCGGGACUGUGCACCAGCCGCAGGGUCCCAAGCCCUACUACAUGCGGGCAGUGGCAUAAUGGCGGCGUCCCAUCCACACAGGUGCCGCCAUCUUUACGUAAUGAACACAUAGCGUCUGCACGGUGCGGUGCAUCUGUUACAUGGCGCACUCGUGACGUAACCAGGGCGACAGGAAAAGAACCCGGAAAAACCAGGUUCUUUUAAUUCCAGAGGGAUGUCCCACGAUCUAGCGGCUGCAGCAUCCCUCUGGAGUUAAAAUGGGUGCCUGCAGACCACCGUUUUUGGGUGGUCUGUACUGUGCCUAUGUUAGUUGAAUACUUUCUCAGACAUUCCAGUAGUAUAGGAAAUCUCUCUCCCCCAGACUGAAAUCUAACCUGUAGGGUUCCAGCAUAAAGCAAACAUGUAUAAAUACUUUCCUUUCUUUCAUUUAUUUGAGUUUUUCUGUCUCUACAGUAUGAACAUGUAAUAAACAUUUAUGGAAUCAG